AGUGAGCCCCGGCCUGAGACCACCUUACCGCGGGACGCUCCCGCCCUCCUCGGGAGACAUAAAUGCUGACUCCACUCCCAAAGUUCCCAGCUGCGAAGUUUGCUCUUUCGGCUGCUGCGGCGAAGGAAGCUUGGGGACCCCUCCCGCGCUGGGACUUUUGCUCCCUGCAUUCCAGCCCCCACUUUCGCGCUCCGCCAAGCAAGGGCCUGUGGCUGCGGAUUUUUAAUCUCGCCCCAGCACAGAAACUAGCUGUUCCAAAGAGAGCGGGUUAACCGAGAAGAUGUGGAAGGUGCCGGUUCUGCUGUUGGUUUUGGGAAGAGCAUCGCUCUGGUUUUUGGCAGAAGGAGCCAUCACAGUCCGGCCAGAAGAUGACAUUAGAACUCAAGGUGUGGAAGAUGGCAUGGUGACCCCAGGUGCCAGUGAAGAUCCCUAUCAGUCUGUUGACUGGACAGCUUUGGUGCCCACAAGUACAAAGAGCACAGUCACACGUAUAGAGGACCUGCCAACUUCAGAAAGCACAGUCCAUGCCCAAGAAGAAAGCCAGAGCACCACAGCCUCGAAUAUGGCCACUAGUCACUCCAUGGGAGACACACAAACAACAAUUGAGAAAGAUGGCUUGGCGACAGGCACCCUGAUUGGAAUCACUGUCGGGGUCUUACUAGCCAUCGGAUUCAUUGGUGGGAUCAUCAUUGUGGUUGUGCGAAAAAUGUCGGGAAGGUACUCGUAAGUAAAUAACUUACACCCAUGUGAUAGGU